AUGCUCACGGUGCAUAGAUUCUUUGCGCUUGUAUUCAUCUACUCUUCGGUGAUGAGGUAUGGUGAAGCGCUUCAUUGUAACUCUGUGCCAGAAUCGACUCCAAUAAAUCGUGAUCAGUGCAUCAAAGCCUUUAUUAACCUCAAGCAAGUCGAUGAUAGAAUUUCUCAUGGUAUAAAGGUGUAUUCGAAAACCCCCGGCUGCCAGCUUGUGCUUGAAACCUUCAACUACGGAAAAGUCUAUCCUGAACGUAGAGUUGCAAGAACUGCUUUAAAUACUGUGCUGGAAGGUUGUCCUGGACAUGCUGGCAGUAUUCUCAUCGAUAAUGGAUCUCGAUAUCCGAAUGGAAACAACUCCCUCUGUCUGACAGUUCUAUACACCAAUGUCACAACAGAUCAGAUACAAGAGUUCUGA